AAUCCGUCAAAUACGAAAAUAUAAAAAAACGAGGUCAUCAUGUAGAAUUUUUUUUACGACAAAUGGUCAACAUUGUUAUGAAGUUGAUGGACUUUGGCCAACUUCUUGAGCAACAAAGUUCCGCAAUGAAGAAGUGAUUCAAACUCUUUCUCCGCUCACAUGGAAUUUUGCUUCCCAUUUUUCAAUGUCGCCGUUGUUGGUGGUGGGGUGUUUCUCAUGUCCACCAUUUACGUGUUUGUUUCUUCUCCACUUCCCUUCUUUUCCGUUAAUUAUUCUCUUACUAUUAAUCAAAACUUCCCCUUUUCAAAUCAUCAAUGCUUUCUUCAAUCAUCUCCACUAUGAAUUUCUCGCUCUUCUUCCCAUCUUUAAGCUUCAACAAGGCACUGAAAUUGGGGGUAUGGUCAAUUUGGUUAUCUGGGUUUACAUUAAUUUGCUGCUCAUUUUAUGCAACUCAGUUCUUACCUACUGUCAAAGUUGAAUUCAGAAAAUCCAGUUUUUUGUACCCAAGAAAUUCAGCUGAUAAGAAUGAUCCCAGUAUAACCCUUUUUAGUGCUCCAAGCCCUUUUAAUGGCUCUGUUGGAAAAAGACAGGGUCUUGCUGUUCGAUCAUGGCUAGGAUUAUCUCCUAACAUCAAUGUUGUUUUAUUUGGCAAUGACCCAUCUAUUCAAUCCUUUGCUUCUGCCUUUGGCUCUCGGGUUUAUGUCGAAUCCGACAUCGAUUUUUCAUUCCUAAAUGUUCCAUUCUUCCACUCCAUGGUUGCUAGAGCUGAGGCAUCCUCUUCAGAUAUUUCUGUUCUUAUUCAUCCUGAAACCAUUCUCCUUCAAGACUUCCUUUCCACAGUAAAUCAUGUUUAUGAGCUUGAUCAUGAUUGGUUCCUUAUCGCCUCUUCAAAAAGAAGUUAUUUCUUCCCGUUCUCUUUGGAUAAUGUUGGAAGGCAAUGGCUAAGAGAGGAUGGUAUACCCAUUUCAUUGCAGAAGUUGCAGGAGGUUCUUGCUCAGACAUGGCAAUGGGAUUAUUGCGGAGGGAGGAUGCUUAUGGCUUGGAAUAACAAGGAUCUGCCUUUACAUAUGGGUGUUCUCCCUCCCUUCUUAUAUGGGAAAGGAGUAGAUAAUCGUUGGUUCGUCAAUGAAAUAUAUCAUUCCAACUAUAGGUUUGUGUUUGAUGCAAGUUGGACUAUCUCGAAUUUUCAUGUGCAGAAUUCAGAUGAUGAUCAUGAACCUAUUCAAUCUAAUAGAGCGUCCACUUUUGCUGAUCAUACAAAGACAAACUGGGAGUACAAUGGUAAUCUUCAACUAGCGGAACUGUAUGGCCUGUUAUCUUCUAAUCAAACUAAUUUCUCUGAUUUUGCAAAGCUUGUAAAGUGUGAUGGAAAAUUUAUGUUUACCAACAAAGACCAGAAUAUUGUUUAUUCACCUAAACAUCAGGGCUCAAAUAGCUUGUGGAAGGGGCAAGUCGAGCAGUCUAGGAUGCAAAAGAAACUAAUUGCUUGUCUUACUGGAUUUAGCAUCUUUGCUAGGAUUAUGAAUUGCUCUGUUGAGAGCAAGAUGAGUGAUCCUGUACCUCUACAUCUUCCAUAUGGCUUAGAAAUGCUCCUGCCUAAUUUAGCUGAUGAAAACAAGAGUGUGGUGCUUGCUGUUGCUGGAUACAGCUACAAGGACAUGUUAAUGAAUUGGGUUUGCAGAUUAAGGCAUCUAAUGAUUAAUAAUCUUCUUGUCUGCGCUCUUGAUGAUGAAACAUACGAGUUCUCUAUCCAACAGGGCAUCCCUGUUUUCAGGGACUCAUUAGCACCAAGAAAUAUCAGUUUCAAUGACUGUCACUUUGGGACUAAGUGCUUCCAGAAGGUCACCAAGACGAAAUCCAGAUUAGUUUUGCAGAUUUUGAAGCUGGGAUACAAUGUAAUUUUAAGUGAUGUUGAUGUUUACUGGUUCAAAAAUCCAAUUCCAUUGCUACAGACUUUUGGUCCUGCUGUAUUUGUUGCACAAUCUGAUGAAUACAAUGUAUCAGUGCCUAUUAACUUACCAAGACGCCUGAACUCUGGAUUCUAUUUUGUUCGGUCUGAUGAUCCUACCAUUGCUGCCAUGGAGAAAGUGGUGAUGCACGCUAUGACUUCAGACCUAUCCGAGCAGCCAAGUUUUUAUGACACUCUAUGUGGUCUAGAUGGCGUAAAUCGUGUUGGAGAUGAUAGAUGCUGGGAACCCACAACAAAUCUUACUGUUCAAUUUCUGGACAGGAAUCUCUUCCCUAAUGGUGCUUACCAGGGCUUGUGGGAGGAAAGAAAUGUUCGAGCAGCUUGUGUAGAAAAGGGAUGCUACGUUCUCCAUAAUAAUUGGAUUAGUGGUAGGACAAAGAAGCUAGAACGUCAGGUACAUUCAGGUCUAUGGGACUAUGACAUUAGCUCAAGGAUGUGUUUGCAUAGCUGGCAAAGAAGGAAGGUGCUAAAAUAGCUGUAGGAAUUCAAACCUCUUUACCUUUGAUAUCAAAUAAGCUGAACAGCUAAUAAACAGUAUACAGUUCUGUUUGUUCCCAAACUGGAUCUUGGUGUGGCCUUGCUUUAGCAGAAAGAACACAAGACAUGCUGAAGAGCUGCUUUAGUUUCUGGAACUAGUAUAAUACAUCUCUGGAAAUGAAAAAAAAAAAAGAAAAAAAAAAA